AUGGCGACGGGAACAGACCCGGCAAAACGACUACGAUUCGACCUCUUCACUAAGCAUGUCGACAACACACAUAGUGAAGCCUGCUACCAAAUGGCAUUCAACACAUUCGAUUCUUUCCCUACCUCCCUUUCAAACUUACCAAAGGAUGGAAUGGAGGAUGGAUUUUUGAUGGCAAGAGUAUGGGAGACACAGGGCAAAUCUACAGUGAAGCUCCCAGGCCAGGCUGCCAACAGGUGUUGGAGGAUGAUAUAUGCAUGCGUUGGAUUUUCUUCAAUUCUACCGAUCGACUUGAUGGCAAGAGCACGGGAGACACAGGGCAAAUCUACAGUGGAGGACUAUGACAAGCAGACUGGGCAAGGAGAAGAACUCGGAGAAUCUUGCUGGCACGCAGGCAAGAUAUGGCCAAUAUCUCCAGGAUCUCUGAAGGACAAUGUGGGCAUGGCAGGCAUGAACGGCACAGUCAAGACCAGCAUGCGAUCCGGCAAAACCUCGGACAUGGUGUUUUUGAACGAAUUGAAACCAUCCGAUGUUCGACUGCUACCACUACACCUCGGCAAAUCUUCUCCAAUCAAGGCCUGCAGGGACUAUGGAUGUUUGGAGACACAGGGCAAGCAAUGGGCGUGCAUCUCCGGUCUACCAGCCAUGGGGGCCAUGGCUAUUUGA